AUGAUCUCGACGCCAUCGGGCGGGCCUCGAACGUGGGACGGCUCCACGCCCCCCGUCAUAACCUCCGACGAGCCCGGAUCGUGGGCGCACGACACCGUGUCGCGAAGGCUGCGAGAGGACAUCCUCGCGCGCGUGUUCCGCGACAACGCGGAAGUUCUCGCGUCCGGGACCAUCGCCGAGGCGAACCUGCGCGCGCUCGACGCGGAGCUCGCCGCCGCGGCGACCAGCGUCAUCACGCGCGUCCCACCCGACGGCGGCCCCGAUCUGGACACAUGGACCCAGCUUUGCGAGCCACACCUCGGGAAGACGUGGCUGGAAGCGCCCUGGCUCUUCGCGGAGUUUUACUUCUACAGGAGGAUCCUCGCGGCGAUCGGAUACUUCGACCGCGCGUCCCCCGCGUUCGGCCGCGACCCUUUCGCGGCUGACAAGAGGGCGGGUUUAGAAGCCGGCAUGCGCGCGGCGACACAGCUGGCGAGGCGAGCAAACGCAUUCGCGGAAAAACGUCAAGGCGGUGUCGCCGCGACUGCCGAGGAGGUGCGUCUGUUCCUCAUGGUGGCGCUGUGGGGCAACCGCAUGGAUCUCAGCAUCUGGCCCGAGGACGGGGGGAACGAAGGAGGAGGUACGAAGGGCGAACGCGCCGCGAACGCCUUCGCUGAAGCGCUCUCGUCGGGGGAAAAAUAUCUCCUCUCCGACGACUCGCAAGCCGCGGCUCGCCUCCUCCUUUCCGACCCUAAGGGUCCCGCCGAUAAACGACAACAAACCGCGGGGGGAACGAAGCAAACAAAGGAUGUCAGCGUCGUGGUGGACAACGCCGGGUUCGAGCUCACGUGCGACCUGGCGCUGGCGGACGCGUUGAUAGUUGCCGGGUGUACGCGCAGGGUAACGCUGCGGGUGAAGGCUCACCCCGUCUUCGUCUCUGACGCAACCGUCGCCGACGCGAUGGAUACCAUCGACGCGAUGGCAUCGUCCGCCGACGCCGACGUCGCCGCCAUGGGCGCGCGUUGGCGCGUUCACCUGUCCUCCGGGGCGUGGGUGCUCGUGCCGGACUUCGCGUGGUGCCAGCCGCAACCUUUCUGGUCGUUGCCGGAACCCGUCGCCGCGGAACUUCGGCAAUCGCGUUUGGUCAUCGUCAAGGGCGACGCCAACUACCGGAGGCUUCUCGGGGACGCGCGGUGGGACCUGGCGAUGCCGUUCGCAGACGUGACGUGCUGCUUCCCCGCGCCGUUGCUCGCGCUGCGGACGCUCAAGGCGGAGCUCGGGUGCGGGAUUUCGCGUUCGAAAGAAAUUGAAGCGAAAGAGAAACAUCCGGGCGAUUGGAUGACUUCCGGAACGUUCGGGUGCGCGCAGUUGAACGCGGCGCCGGCGGGGCAACACGCGGUGGCGUCCCUCGCGACGGCGCUCCCGCCCGACGCGUCGUUCGCGGGUGUUAAAGGGGGACGCGUUAAAGGAGUUGGAGGCGAAGGAGGAGGAGGUUUAACCCUCGCCGAGCGCGAGCGGCUGGACCUCGCGAAGACGCUCGUCGCGCUGGCCAACGCCAGCCGCGAGCUCGCGCGAACGCUUCGAAGCGCGCCGGCUCGAUCGUCCGUAACGCUCGGCUCGGCACCCGGCGGGACACGAAACGCCACGGGGGACGACCAGCGAAAGCUGGACGUCGUCGCGGACGACAUCUUCGCGUCGCACCUCGGGGCGUGCGGGGGUGUACGCUGGUACUCGAGCGAGGAGACGGAUUUCCCGCUCGAGCUCGACGCAAACGGGACGAUGGUUGUGUGCUGCGACCCGCUGGAUGGGUCCCGGAAUAUCGACUGCAACAUCCCGGUGGGCAGCAUCUUCGGCGUCUACCGCGUGGUGCGCACGCUCGGGGGAGGCGAGGGCGACGGCGUCGCGCAGUGCACGCAGCCGGCGAGGGCGCAAGUAGCCGCCGGGUACGCGCAUCACAGCGGCGCCACGACGUUGGUCCUCGCCGUCGGCGAUACGGGUUCGGCGGUGGAAUUCGUCCUCGACGACGACACCGGCGCCUUCGUCGUCGCCGCCGACGGCGCUCCGCUGCGUUGCCCGCCCCGGGGGCAGAUCUAUUCCCUCAACGACGCGAGGUUCGACGAUUGGCCGGAGGGUCUGCGGCGGUACGUCGUCGACGCUCGUCGGGGCGAAAAUCAGACUGGGAAGCAGUACAGCGCCAGGUACGUGUGCUCGCUCGUGGGUGACUUUCACCGGACGAUGAAGUACGGGGGCUGGUGCGGAAACCCUCGGCCGCACUUGAGGUGGCAGUUCGAGGUUGCGCCCCUGGCGUUCGUGGCGAGAGCCGCGGGCGCGAUCGCUACGGAUGGAACGAACGACGUGAUGGCGAAUGAAGACGGUCCGUCCGCGGCGCACGAACGGACGCCGCUGUUCGUGGGCAGCGUCGACGACGUGGCGGAGCUGUUGACGUACGGGGACGUUCGGCAGGUGGCCAAGACGUACGCCCUGUGA